CAUGUCUUUAUCGAUAUUUGAUGAGUCGUGAGUCUUAUGGUCUAGGCUUUCCAUGUUGCUUCAUUCAGUUUGCCUUCACUACAAUUGCCUGUCUAACUUGUCAAGGUGACCUCUAAUACACCUGCCGACAACCCCCUUCAAUGCAUCCAGGUUCUUUAUUAUCACCACUUCUCUCAUCUGUCCCAAUGUCAGAUCCUAAAUGCUCGUAUAAGUUCACCUUCGAACCUGGUUGGUUUGUUGACUAUCCCGUGAUUUCCCACUCAUGUCCUGGAUCGAAGCUCACCACUCAGCCAAAUCUCGGUUUGCCUGAUGAUCGAGAAUGGACGAGACUUACUGAACACGUCGAAAGAUUAAAUCACCAGGACAAUUCAGAUGUCAUACAUAAAAUCUUGCUGGUUGCGCGACAUGGCCACGGUGUUCACAACGAUGUGAUGGAGGAGGUUGGGUCAGAAGAAUGGAAGAAUCAUUGGUCAAAGCUACCCGGUGACGCAAAUAGAACUUGGCUUGAUGCCGAGCUUGUUGAAAAGGGAGUCGAACAAGCUACAGACCUCGGGAAGAUGUAUGCCGAGGGCAUCCGGCAUGCGGGCUUCCCCGUCCCCGACACUAUCUAUACCAGCCCGCUUGCUCGAGGCCUCAAGACAACGAGUCUGAUUUUCAGAGAGAUCAUCGUAGGACAAGGGAUUGAGUUCAGGCCUAUAGUGAAAGAAUAUCUUCGAGAACGACUUACCAAUCAUACAUGCGAUAAGCGGAGGAUGAGACAGUGGAUUCAAGCCUCUUAUCCCGACUAUGAGUUGGAAUCAGGCUUCGCCGAAGAAGAUGUGUUAUGGCAUGCUGAUCAAUCAGAGUCGAAUGAAGCACAUAUUGCCCGGACACAAGAACUACUUGAGGAUGUUUGGAGACAUGAUUCGGGAUCAUGCAUUGCUUUGACCACUCACUCAUUCACCAUAUCUACUAUCCUAGAAGUUAUUGGGGCGCCUGAGUUUCGGAUGGGCGAAGGCGCCAUGGUGGCAUUCUUGGUCAAAGGCGAGAAGUUUAACGCAAAAUAAGCUCAAAAAAGGAAAAGAUGACAAUAGGCAAAGAGUCCAUCAUGUUUCCCGUCAUCAAAGUCAUGUAUCAUGAAGUAUUAUAUACAAGCUGUCCCUCCCGAGGCCUAUAGCCUCCGCUGUUGUG